UAUAUAAGCGACUCCGUCGUCACAUAUCAAAAGUCCCACCCGUCUCCCUUUUCCCUGCUUUGGAAAAUGGAGGAACACCUCUACAACACAAAUUCAUAAAUACAUUUUCAUUAUCCCAAAAUCACACAUUUCAAAUCACACAAUCUUUCAAGAGAUAGAUUUAUAAUAGGGGGUUUGAAUCUUGAAAAUGGACCCAGUUGUGUUAGAUAGAAUAAUAGAUAGAUUGAUUGAAGUCAGAUCAACAAAGCCAGGUAAGUUGGUUCAGUUAUCUGAAGCUGAAAUCAAACAGCUUUGUGUUGCUUCUCGUGAUAUUUUCAUGAAACAACCUAAUCUUCUUGAACUUGAAGCCCCCAUCAAGAUUUGUGGUGAUAUUCAUGGACAAUAUAGUGAUCUGUUGCGACUUUUUGAAUACGGAGGAUUUCCUCCCCAAGCCAAUUAUCUAUUCCUGGGCGACUAUGUGGACCGGGGCAAGCAAAGUUUAGAAACAAUAUGUCUUCUUCUUGCUUACAAAAUUAGGUAUCCCGAGAACUUUUUUCUUCUAAGAGGAAACCACGAAUGUGCUUCCAUUAAUCGAAUCUAUGGGUUUUAUGAUGAAUGCAAGAGACGGUUCAAUGUGAAGCUAUGGAAAGCCUUUACCGAAUGCUUUAACUGUUUGCCUGUUGCGGCUCUUGUCGAUGACAAGAUAUUGUGUAUGCAUGGGGGCUUAUCACCUGAUCUUUCUGACUUGGACCAAAUUAGAAACUUACAGCGACCAACUGCGAUUCCUGACACUGGUUUACUUUGUGAUUUGUUGUGGUCGGAUCCUAGCAAAGAUGUUAAAGGAUGGGGAAUGAAUGAUAGAGGAGUUUCUUUUACUUUUGGCCCUGAUAAGGUGGUGGAGCUUUUAACAAAGCAUGAUCUUGAUCUUGUUUGUCGUGCUCAUCAGGUUGUGGAGGAUGGUUAUGAAUUCUUUGCAGACAGACAGCUUGUUACCAUAUUCUCGGCCCCAAAUUAUUGUGGUGAAUUUGAUAAUGCUGGUGCCUUGAUGAGCGUUGAUGAGAAUCUGAUGUGUUCAUUUCAGAUCCUUAAGCCAGCCGAGAAGAAAAAUAAAUUUUCGAUGUCUACAUAGAUGUAUUUGUUGCGUUGUUUCUACUGCCUAUUUUCUGAGAUAGGGAAGAAGUGGGUGAUUUCAACUGUCUAUUUCGUCAAGCUUAAAAAAGAAACUUGUGAGGCUUCAGCAGAAGAAUGUGGAGCAGAUGGUUCAUGGAUCAAGACAAUGAUGAAAAUGUGUUUUUACAGCCAUUGUAUCGUAUGUUUCUAUAAAUUAGCUUCUUACCCUGUGUUAGUAGUUUGUGUGGAGACAUUGUGAUUGUUUUGAUUGUUUGGAGAUUUGCCAUCAACUGCAAUCGAUUUGUAUUGGAGAUAUGUAAACUCAGUUUUAGCUAGACCAGGUUCUGACUGGAAAUGGCAUUUUAAGUAAUCUUGGUUUAUUUCA